UCCCCUUUUUCACCUCUUCUCCUCUCUCUCCCUCAUACUAUUCCUUUUUUCUUCAAGUAUAACACACUUCCAGAGAGAGAGAGAGAGUGUGUGAGAGGAGUAUAGUCUUGAGGACUAUUUAUGAUUUUGUAGGGUAUUGAUUUCAUAGAAGGAAUUAAAUCUUAGAAGAAAUCUAUAUAUCCCAGAGAGAAGAGAUUAAUGGGCUCCAUGAAUUCCAACAACUGGCUUUCUUUCCCCCUCUCUCCUUCUCAGGCUGCUGCCCAGUCUCAUCACUUCUCUGUAGGGUUAGUCAAUGAUAGUCUUGAUACUUCUUUCCAAAAUCCAGAGUGGAAUUUGAUUAGCACCCAAGGGAGCAAUGAGGUGCCCAAGGUUGCUGAUUUCCUAGGGGUUGGCAAGGUGGAUAGCAACCAACCGGAUUUAGUCUCCUACAAUGACAUCCAAGCAAAUGAACCGGACUAUCUCUUCUCGAGUAACGCCGGCGGUCUGAUGCCGGUCCAAACCGGCGUGACGGUGGCCGCCGGGCCGGGCGGCUUCGAGCUUCAAGAGAGCAACGCGUGUAAUAUGCAGUCAUUGACGCUGUCUAUGGGGACGAGUGGAAAAGAGUUGGCCACUCAUGCUAGCCCUAGUGGUAAUGCCACGGCUAGUGGUAGCGCUGAAAAUAGUAACACAAGUAUAGUGGAAGCGGCUACUCCUAGAAGGGCCUUGGAUACUUUUGGACAAAGAACAUCCAUUUAUAGAGGUGUAACAAGGCAUAGAUGGACAGGAAGGUAUGAAGCUCAUCUGUGGGAUAAUAGUUGCAGGAGGGAAGGGCAAUCACGAAAGGGUCGUCAAGUGUAUUUGGGUGGAUACGAUAAGGAGGAGAAAGCAGCUAGGGCUUAUGAUCUUGCUGCAUUAAAAUACUGGGGAACUUCUACAACUACUAAUUUCCCAAUCAGUAACUAUGAGAAAGAAGUGGAGGAGAUGAAACACAUGACUAGACAAGAAUUUGUAGCUGCAAUCAGAAGAAAGAGUAGUGGAUUCUCCAGAGGUGCAUCUAUGUAUCGCGGAGUAACAAGGCAUCAUCAGCAUGGACGAUGGCAGGCCAGAAUUGGGAGGGUUGCUGGCAACAAAGACCUCUACUUGGGAACUUUCAGCACUGAAGAGGAAGCCGCGGAGGCAUACGACAUAGCGGCGAUAAAGUUCCGGGGUCUAAACGCCGUGACGAACUUCGACAUGAGCCGCUACGACGUGAAAGCCAUUCUGGAAAGCAACACCCUCCCCAUCGGCGGAGGCGCCGCCAAGCGCCUCAAGGAAGCGCAAGCCCUAGAAUCCUCCCGGAAGCGCGACCAAGAAAUGCUGGCUCUCAACUCCAGUUUCCACUACGGCGCCGCCACGGGACCCAUGCAUGCCGCCGCCGCCGCCGCAGCCGCAGCAUCCUAUCCCCUCAUGCAACCCUUCGACGCCCAGCCGCUGCUCACCCUACAAAACCAAGAUUUCUCUCACUACGCCGCCGCCCAAGAAUCGCCCUACUCCUACAUCCAAACGCACCUUCAACUCCAUCAACAACAGUCCCCAUCCUACUUAAACCCCUCACCCCAGACCUCUCAGUAUUACCACAACCACAACAACAACCCAUACUUUCUCCACGGGUUGAUGAACAUGGGCGGGUCGUCUUCCUCCGUGAUGGACAACAAUGGCGGAAGCUCUAGCGGGAGUUAUAGCGGAGGAGGGUAUCUUGGAAUGGCUACAAACUCCAACUCAGGCGGCAAUGGAGGAGGAGGAGGAGGAGAGGAGCUUGCAGUAGUGAAAGUUGAUUACGAUAUGCCAUCCGGGACCUAUACCGGGUGGUCAGGUGACUCGGUGCAGGGUUCGAAUCCUAACAUUUUCAGUAUGUGGAAUGACUGAUUGAUCGAAAUGUUUUUGCAUGCAAAUUAAAUGUUGCAGGAAUAUGUUGAAUUGAACUUCUAACUUUUUUGCAAAUGGUGCACGGAACCCUAAGCUAAGCUAGCAAUAUUUGUAUUUCAA